CUGGACUAAAGCUGCUGCCAGAGUCGCUUACCUUGUGCAUGCGCGCGCACGCUAACUACAACUGUGGCUUUCUGGAUGCCAACUUUCAAUUUUGAACAAGUAUCCUGCUGGCUUCAGGACCUUCAGGUUCAGUGAACGAACGGUCAAAGAUGAGUAAUGUCACAAACGAUCCUUUGAUCUCGUUAGAAGAAAAUAUUCAACUUCGAGAUCAGCACAUAGCGGAAUCAUGCGAGCUACACUUCAACAACAACCCAAUGAAAAUUAUCAGUUCAAAAGAUCAGUAUUUAUUUGAUGAAAUGGGUAACAAGUACCUUGAUUUUGUAUCUAGGAUUACUAAUGUAGGUCAUUGUAACUCAGCUGUGGUGGAGGCAGCUUGCGAACAGAUGUCACAACUAAGUAUGGCAGUCGGCAGCGAAAUAAGCAAAGUACAGCACAAGCUCACCAAGCUACUACUCUCCACCUUACCCCCUUCAUUUGAUGUCGUCCUCUACACCAAUUCAGGGGCUGAAGCUAAUGACCUCGCACUUCAGAUGGUUCGCAACUACACCAACAGGAUUGAUAUUGUGGUGGUGGAUGGUUCCUUCCACGGAACUGGAAAUCUUCUAGUUGAUAUUAGCCCUAGAGCUUUCAGAGUUUCUUCUGCAGGUAAAAAACCAUGGGUUCAUGUACUUUCAGUUCCCGAUACAUUUAGAGGGUUAUAUAGUGGUGAUCCAGAUGCUGGAGAGAAGUAUUUUCAAGAUGCAAAAAAAGUUAUAGACCGAGCAAUACUCAACAAUCGUGAGAUUGCAGGUUUUAUUUGUGAACCCAUAAUGGUUGUCCAUGGCGUAUUAAUUCCACCGUCUGGCUGGUUAAAUAAGAUAUACAGUUACAUUCACGAGCUUGGAGGACUUGUAAUUGCAGAUGAAAUCCAGUGUGGGAUGGGUCGAACAGGAGAUAACUUCUGGGCCUUCCAAGGACAGAAUGCUAUACCAGAUAUCCUUACUGUGGGAAAACCUCUGGGAAAUGGCCAUCCCAUUGGUGCAGUUAUAACGUCAAGGAAAAUUGCUGCAACAGUAAAAAAUGCUGAACAAAUAUUCAAAUGUGAUCCAGUGGGAGCUGCUAUUAGCAUGACGGUGAUGAAUGUGAUGCAAGAACAGCAAUUGAUGGAAAGAGCUAAAGAACUCGGAUCUUUCUUGGCAGGGGGUUUUAGAAAGAUUCAAGCCAACCUUUCAAUGAUUGGGGAUGUACGUCAAAAAGGUUUGAUUGUUGGUGUGGACAUUAUUCGUUCAAGAGAAAGCAAGAAACCUGCCCCAGACGUAGCUGAGGAAAUUUCUAAUAAUUUGAGAAAAGAGAGAAUCUUGGUGGGCUGUGAAGGUGAUUACAAAAAUGUGCUUCUGUUUUUACCAGCUCUGUGUAUCACUAAGGAAGACUGUGUCGAAGUCAUUACAACAUUAGAGAAAAUUAUUAAAAGUGUUGAGCUUGUAUAUCUAGAUGAGCUAUACGAUAUAAUCAAUGCACCUGACUCUCCCGAAGAACCCAGCACCAGCUUGCAUGUACAGCCUUCUCAACUAGAAAACGUUGAAGAUCCUUAUACAAGUAGUUCAGGGCAUCCCUAUGAUGCCCUUGAUUAGAGUUAUCUUUUGUAUGUAAAUUUGAAAAUAAUAUAUAUUGUACAUAAUGUUACUAAAUUUAUUGUUAAUAAAACAUUUUUUAAAA